CUUUUUUGCUGUUAUUAACUUCCCUAUAUUCAAUUGUAUAAUUUUAUAAAUCUUUUAGAACACAGUAUCAACAUCUGAAAAGAUAAGGAAGAUGGGAACAGUCCUGGAAAAACAAGGAAAAUCUUCCCAAAAAAUCUCCAAAUUCAGAAGGUUUCAACCUCAAAUUGGUAUGUGAAAGAAUACCAAUAGAUAAUAACUGAUUCAAAGAUCAAACAAAGAUGGAAGAAAUAUACUAAAAUUAUAUAUAUUAGGAGUGUCAACAUCCAAGAUAUUUUAGAAAGUAAUAACAUGAGCUUGUACCACUAGAAUAUAAAAUGUUGAACUUUGGAGAAAACAUUUGGAAUACCACGGAUAGACAAGAAAACAAAUGGAUCAUAAAACAAGUCAGUCCAGAAUUCAUAUUCAAAACACAAAUGACCACGUAGGCCUAAAUUAUCUCAUUUUGGACCCAUUACAGGAAGACCCAGUUCCCUUGAAAAGUCUCUUGUGAUGGAAAGCUGGAAUGAAAGAGGGCAAAGAGCAACAAGUCUUUACUGGCCCUUACGAAAGAAACCCAGGAAAGUGAAGGCAAGAUUUGAAGUUGCACCAGCGACCCCUACAGGACACCUAGAAGAUGUGCUGGCGGAGCAAAGGGGCUGGACGCCCGAGAAAUGCACGCCGAGUGGGCGGGCCUUGAUCAGAACUGCUGGACUGAGAGCAGUCGUGCGUCUGCGCAGAACUCGGCUCGUUUCUUUCCGGGAUCGGUGGUUUCAGCGUUGGAACCUGCAGUUUGCAAAAGUGGAUCGGGAUCAUGGAAAAAAGGAGAGACUCCAACCCAGUGGGGUCGUUACUAGCAGCCGCUCGGGAAGUGUACAAAAGGGUUUAUGGCGGGGAAGAUCCUAAAAUUGCAGUGUCGGCGCCCGGAAGGGUAAAUUUGAUCGGAGAGCACAUCGAUUACAAUCAAGGUUUCGUGCUACCUAUGGCCAUACAGAUGAGAACAGUCAUGGUUGGGAGUCCAAGGGAAGAUGGAAUGAUAUCCAUAACUACAACUGCAGAGGAAACGGAAGAGCCUAAAACUGUGCAGUUUCCAGUUCCAAGGGAAGGUGUUUCCUUGAAACCCGGAGAACCUCGCUGGGCUAAUUAUGUAAAAGGGGUUAUCCAGCAUUAUAAAGCUGGCCCUCUCCCAGGCUUUGAUGUUGUGAUAGAGAGUAAUGUACCAAUAGGUGGUGGUCUCUCAAGUUCAGCCUCCUUAGAAGUGGCCAUGUACACCUUCCUGCAGCAGCUCUCUCCUGAUGACAUGGAUCCAGUUACUAAGGCACUGGUGUGCCAGAAAGCGGAACACACCUUUGCAAUGAUGCCUUGUGGUAUCAUGGACCAAUUUAUCUCCGUAAUGGGGAAAGAAGGACAUGCCUUGCUGAUAGACUGCAGGUCCUUGAAAACUCGCCUGGUCCCUUUGACUGACCCAGAUUUAGUUGUUCUCAUCACCAAUUCCAAUGUACGACACACUUUGACAGGCAGCGAGUAUCCCACACGUCGGCGUCAGUGUGAAGAGGCAGCCAAGUUGCUGGGAAAGGCAAGCCUGAGAGAAGCCAACAUGUCAGACUUAGAGGAGUCCAGGAGCCUCCUGAGUAAGGAGAUGUACAGGCGAGCCAGGCAUGUGAUUGGAGAGAUUGAACGCACGGCUAGGGCAGCUGAGGCUCUGGAGGCCAGAGAUUAUAAGAGGUUUGGAGAGCUGAUGGUAGAGAGCCACAAUUCCUUAAGGGAUGACUAUGAAGUUAGUUGUCCGGAAUUAGAUGAGCUGGUAGCUGCUGCCAUGGAAGUUCCUGGAGUUUAUGGUAGCAGAAUGACUGGUGGUGGUUUUGGAGGUUGCACCGUAACUCUUCUUGAAUCAGGAGCUGCAGAAAAAGUUCUGAAACAUAUCAAGGACAAAUACAGCAGGACAGCGACAUUCUAUUUCACAAAACCCGCUGAUGGAUCUCAAAUACAUCUCCUGUCUUGAAAGCUCUUCCACCUUGUCUGUAGGAUUCACUAAGAAAAGUGAUAAAGAGAAGCAUGACAUUUUUGGACAGCUUCCUGGGACAUUAGCUUGGAGCAAAGACUUGACUUCUUCCAUAAAAGAAGUGAAGUAAGUGAAAACCUGUGUGCGCACACAGAUGUUUUUUUUUUUCUUUUAGCCAAGAGCCCAAAAGAGAUUUUUGUCUGAUUCACAAGACAGUUUGGGGCUCAAAAUUUCCUUUUCAGAGAAACACUAUGAUGAGUUUCAUUAAACAGCCCUUGAUUUCUGCAUACAGUUUUCUGUGAUAAGUUCCUUCAACAACCUGGAUGGAAAUACUGAGGCUGGGAAAGCCUGGCAUAAACUCCACAACUCCAAAGCAAUUCAAUUCCUUUUUAUCUUCCCAAGCAGAGACUAAUCGUGGAAAUAGGCUUUCUGUUUUACAUUGUGCUCUAAAUUUUGCUUCUAUUCUUUCCUUUUUGCUUACCCCAUUAAUGAGUGAUCUUCCAAUAAUGAAUUACCCACUAAACAUCUCUUAAAUAGAGUCACUUUGUGAUGAGUUUCUCCAUUGCAUUCCAUAUUAUCAUUUGUUACUGACAAGGACAGGCUGAUGCAACAUAAUACCCUCAACCCAUAUAAUUGGUAGAAAUGUGGUAGAAAGUGACAGCGUAGUCAGUUACAGUGAAGUCAAAAUAAAAUGGGCAUCAUAAUGUCUAUGAGAUGAUGUGUAAUUGCAUCAUGACUUCUAAUGCAAAGAUGUACGGUAAAAUGUGUCCUUUGUACGAUGUAAGUUGUGUCAUUUGUAUGAUGCAUUUAUCAUUUGUCUCCCCUCCCUCUGCCCCAACUCUGAUCCAAUUAAGCAAAAUUCACAAUAACGAUAGCCUUUCUUGCAAUAGAAUGUAUGAUUGUCACACUAAAAUAAUUGGCUAUGUUCCCUUAUAGGAAACCUUCAUGUGGUUAGUUGGUUUUCAUUUUAGCAUGAUUGUGACCCAGCCUUGAUUUGUAAACCUCAGUUUAUUAUACCAAUGUUAUGCAUAAGCACAAUGUCUUAAUAAACCAGGGUUAAACACA